GCGUGCAACUUUCUUAAGCUUCUGUGAGUCGGGUGAGAUGCAACACUCCAUAGCAACAUCAGUACCAGUGCGAAGGGCCAGCGAAGGACAACCUGGGAUAGAUAUCUUGAGAAUAUCUGAAACAGGAGCUGCAUGUCGACAGCAUGGACGAACAGAGGGAGUCACUGAGGAAGAUCAUCACUACAUUGGCCUUGAAGAAUGAAGAAAUUCAAAAUUUCAUCUGCUGUUUAAAGCAGAAUCUACAAAACUUAGAGGCGAAUGCAAACCGAGUGCAGGGGGAUCUGGAUUUGGAGUUUAGUUCCCUGCAUGCUGUUUUGGAUGAACUGAAGGAGGGUAUGGUCACGCGCAUCAAACAGGAAAGAGCCAGCCGCACAUAUGAACUACAGAACCAGCUGAGCGCAUGCACCAAAGCCCUAGAAAGCUCAGAGGAGCUGCUGGAAUUAGCCAAUCAGACGCUUUGCUCAUCUGAGAAUGACAGCUUCACCCAGGCGGCCAAAGGCAUAAAGGAUAGCGUCACUAUGGCUCCAGCGUUUCGUCUGUCCUUGAAAGCAAAGGCUAGUGACAGUAUGAAUCACAUGAUGGUGGACUUUACUCAGGAACGAAACAUGCUGCGGGCCAUCGCAUUCCUUCCAGUUCCUGCAACGCCAGAGAUUCAAGUGGCCGAAUGCCAAGUGUUUGAUAACACGGUCACAGUGGUGUGGACCUUACCUGAACCCGACUCCAAAAUCGACCACUACAUCCUUGAACAUCGGAGAACCAAUCACGAAGGUCCUCCACGGGCCCGAGAAGAGUACCCGUGGAUGGUGGUGGAGGGUAUAAAAGAAAAUGAGUACACACUCACAGGCCUUCGUUUUGAAACACGAUACAUGACCUUUCGAGUGAAGGCGUGCAAUAAGGCUGUGGCAGGUGAAUUCUCAGAACCGGUUACUCUGGAAACUCAUGCAUUCGUCUUUAAACUGGAUGCAGGUUCAGCCCAUCAAAAUUUGAAAAUAGAGGAUCUCACUGUGGAAUGGGACAGCAGUGGUGGGAAGAGCGGAACGACGGUUCAAGACAUCCGGAAGGAUAAGAACAGAACGAACUCUCCCAUGCAUUCUCCUGCCAGGCCAGCGGUGAUGUCACCCAAAAGAGCUCCUACUGCUAGAGUGGGUCGAGACCGCUUCACAGCGGAGUCCUACACUGUCUUGGGAGACACAAUGAUCGACGCAGGACAGCAUUAUUGGGAGGUGCGCUUCGAUAAAGAAAGUAAAGCGUUCGCAGUAGGGAUAGCCUUGCGAUCUCUGGGUCGCUUUGAUCAGCUGGGAAAGAGCAAUGCAUCCUGGUGCAUCCACCUGAACAAUUGGCUACAGCAGAGCCUCACAGCCAAGCACAAUAACAAAGCCAGGACGCUAGACUGCCCCAUUCCAGAUCGCAUCGGCAUUCACUGCAACUAUGAAGAGGGCGCAUUGUCUUUCUACAAUGCUAGAAACAAAACUCUUCUUCAUACCUUCAGAACCAAGUUCCAGCAGCCUGUUAUACCAGCGUUUAUGGUGUGGAAUGGGAGUUUCUCAGUGCAGACGGGACUCCAGGUGCCCAGCAUCGUGCUGAGCGGACAGAAGAGAAACAGUAACACAAGCAGCUCCAAUGCCAGCCUUACAUAAAUCCACUCAUCAGUCCUUUACUGACAAAUAUACACACACGCUAGAACUGUUACACGUUUGCACAGCGUUGGAGAACGACAGGAAGCUCUCAUCAGCGAUUCAUUACAGCUCUGAGGUGAAGUGUUCCCAUCUUCCUCAUACUCUUAGCUCCCUUAUCGUGUGCCUUUCAAUGUCCUGAAUAAAGACACGGAGGGGUAUUUUUCACAAUGCUUUAUUGGAUUGAAACUAUGUGUCCAUAGAGCCAAAAAUUCACAGUAUUGGUCGAUUAAAGCCACAUAUUAACAGUUAUUUCAAUGCAGCAGACAUCGUGUUGGUAUUGUUGUUCAAGCUGUAACUGUAUUAUAUUCAAACAGUAAAUGUCUUACAUUUUGCUAAACUGCUUCUUUAAAAACAAACUUUUUAAACUUACAGUUAGUAUCAAGAGUAGCACAAUAAUCCUAAAUUUAAUCACAGAGAAGUCAAAUGCCUUUCAUAGUAUAAUAAUAAUUCAAUGCAUCCAGGAAGGCUGAGUCAAGACAAAUGAUUUGUUUGUGCACAGGCAAUGAUGUUUGUGGUGUGUGUAUGUGUGUGUCCAUGUUCAUGUCACCCAAAAAGGUACAUUUGCAUUUCAGUGUUCUUGAUGCAUAUAUACAACACAUUUUUUGUAUGCUUGCUGCAAUACUUGUACAUAGUUUUUGCCUUUUUUGAUUUGUUUGUUUUUGCAUUGCUGUCCUCUUGUUAAUAUAACCCGCAAUGCUGCUAGACACACACUUGAACAUUUUAAUUAUAUUUCUGUCCGGAACUAAAGUCAACCUUGUAAGAUUGUAAUAUUACACCACCUGUUACAUCAAUAAAACAAAUACCAACCAUA